AUGUCUGGAAACAAGAAGAAGAAGGAUUGCAUCGAGUUGGAUGGUGUAGUAACAGAGUCGCUGCCUAACGCCAUGUUCCGUGUUGAGCUUGAGGCCAACCAGCAGGUGAUCCUGGCACACAUCUCUGGAAAGAUCAGGAAGAACUUCAUCAAAAUUUUGCCUGGAGACAAAGUGACCUGCGAGCUGUCCCCUUACGACCUGACCAAGGCAAGAUUACUGCUUCCUCUUGGCUGA